AUGUUUAAUUCUUCUAUUCCUCUCUAUCUGGAAAAGCAUAAGAGCCUUGAACAUCUCAAUCUUGGCUACAACGCAUUUCAUGAUGUUAGUGGGAUGUUGAGUCUAAUGUCAAAUCAAUGUAGUUUGAGAUCAUUUGAUAUGAGUGGCAACAGAUUUGACAAAAAGAUGUUCAUUUCUUAUGGAAUUUUGUCCAGUUGCACCAUGUACAAUUUCGAGACAUUGUGUUCAAGUGAUAAUGGUUUCAUCGGUCAUUUACCAGAUUGGUUGGGACAGCUUAAACAUUUGAAAUACCUUGAUCUUUCAGGGAACUUGUUUAAUGGUUCGAAUCCAAAUUGGUUGGGAAGAAUGUCACCCUUGCACAAUAUAGUCCUCUGUGCUAAUCAAUUUAUUGGGGUCUUCCCACCGUCGCUAGGGAACCUAUCAGCCUUGAGAGUACUAGAUCUUUCUUACAACAAGUUAAAUGGGACCAUUCCUGUUUCUAUUGGACAAUUAUCAAAUCUCAAGAUCUUAGAUCUCUCUUCUAAUUCCCUGGAAGGCGCAGUACUUUCUGAAACUCAUUUGUCCAACCUCUCAAUGUUGGAAGAAUUGAGAACAAGUUCUGCGUUCUUGACAUUGAAGGUCAGAUCUGAUUGGAUACCUCCUUUUCAAUUGAAAUCCCUUCUAAUGGGGUCCUGUAGAGUAGGGAUUCAAUUUCCUCAAUGGCUUCAAACACAAAAGAAAGUUGUUGAAUUGGAUCUUUCCAAUACUAGUAUAUCAGGAACCCUCCCUAAAUGGCUUCUUGACAUGCCUCUCUGGACAUUAGAUCUCUCUCAUAACCAUAUCAGUGGACCCAUUCUGAAAUUGCCUUCCACUUUAGAAUUUGUUUGCCUUUCCCAUAACUAUAUCUCAGGACCUCUUCCACAAAAUAUUGGUGAUAUGGUGCCUACUUCGCUUACUUUGUCACUAGCUGACAAUUUGAUAAAUGGUUUGAUACCCAAUUCAUUGUGCAAAAUUUGGACUUUGGAUGAAUUAGAUCUUUCUAAGAAUAUGUUAUUUGGAAAUCUUCCUCAGUGUUGGGGGGAUUCAAGGGAAAUCCCAAAUCUAUGGGUUAUGAAAUUUUCAUCUAACAAGCUUUCAGGGAUUAUUCCAAGCUCUAUUGGACAUUUGUCUAGACUGGGAUGGUUACAUUUGAAUAACAAUAGUUUUUAUGGAGAGCUUCCUAUGGGUUUGCGAAAUUGCACAGGUUUAUUAGUUUUGGAUCUUGGUGAGAAUGGAUUCUCUGGAAACAUACCUGGAUGGAUUGGAGAAUUAGAAUCAUUGAGAAUUCUGAGACUACACAAGAAUAUGUUUAAUGGCAAGAUUCCUUUACAGUUAUGUCAACUGUCAAGUCUCGAAAUCAUAGACCUUGCAAACAAUAACUUGGAAAAAACCAUCCCUCGCUGUUAUGGCAAUCUCAGUGGUAUGGUCUUGUAUGAACAUUCAAGACUUGAGUAUGGGCAAUGGUUUUCUGAAAACAUGAUGCAGGACAUGAAGGGAAAUGAACUUGAAUACAGCACUACACUAUUAUAUCUAGUGAACAUGGAUCUUUCGAGGAAUAAUCUGACUGGAACGAUCCCUGAAGAGCUCUCACUUCUUUCAGGUUUGCUUGGGCUUAAUUUAUCGCACAAUAAUUUGACAGGAAGCAUCCCUAAGAAGAUCGGUGGCUUAAAGUCAUUGGAAUCUCUUGAUUUCUCUAACAAUAAACUUUCAGGCACAAUUCCGGAGAGCAUGUCAAAUUUGAGUUUUAUAAGUCACUUGAACUUAUCAUACAAUAGCCUCUCAGGACGUAUCCCAACGGGUAAUCAGCUCCAAACUCUUGAUGACCCUUCUAUUUAUGUUGGCAAUAGUGAACUUUGUGGAGCUUUUGUACCAAAGAAAUGCUCUAAUGACGAACAUUCUCAACCUGCUCAGCCAUCCACAAGUAAUGAAGAAACAUAUGAAGGAGAUGUGUCUGAAAAGGUAUGGUUUUACUUGGUUAUAAUGAGUGGCUAUGCCACAGGGUUAUGGGGAGUUAUUGGAGUUUUGUUGUUCAAGAAGAACUGGAGACAUGCUUAUUUUCGAUUCGUUGAUAUGAUCAAAGAGAAUGUACUAGCAGCUAUAGCAGUGAGAGCGGCUCAAUUUAAUAAGUAG